AUGAAUAAUGAGAAUACUCCACUUAUAUCCAACAAUAAUCCCAAUGGACGAGAUUCUACAGCACUUUAUGCCCAUAGGAGCAAUGCCUCCAGUGUCUAUAACGGUGAGGAUCUCUUGGCCGAAAGGCCUGAACAAGGCUCCAACCUCUUGGCCUACGCCAAUAUUGUCUGUAUUGUUGCAGGCGCCGGGACUUUAAGCUUGCCUUACGCCCUCAAGAUGGGUGGAUGGAUCGUUAUUGGUGUUCUGAUACUCUCCUUGCUCAUGUCCAUCUACACCGGCAUCCUGCUAAUGAAGUGCCUGUACUACAACGGCACGUACCGCCUCUCAUCAUAUCAGGAGGUUGGUCGUCACGCCUUUGGCAGAGCAGGUCUGAUUGCUGUCUGGCUCUUCUAUACGCCCAUCGUCAUCGGGGCCCCUGCCAUGUACUUGAUCUUGGCAGGAACGGAAAUGAAGAAUCUGGUCACUGGUGUUGACAUCAGUACCAAGGCCUGGAUUUUGAUUUGCGCUGCUCUCGUGGCUACUCCGUUUGUCCUCAUGAAGACAUUGAAGGAGGUCGCUAUCAUGUCCAUCUUUGGCGCUCUUGCUACUGUUCUCCUGGUCGUUGUUGCCGUCCGCGGCUCAGUCGUAGACUUUGAUAACCCCGUUUACGCGGAUGUCCGCCAUGACAUCGUCGUCCUUUCACAGCUCCCUGCCACGGUCGCCUCGAUUUCAGUUUGUUUUGGCGGCAACGUCGUCUACAUGCAUAUCGAAGAGGUUAUGCGAUAUCCCAGGUCCUGGAAUUGGGUCCUGGCUGCGGCCCUUGGCACAUGCUCCGCUCUUUAUCUUACUACAGCUAUCUCUGGCUAUAUCACAUACGGUGACCGUGCAGAAUCUCCCAUCCUCAACAACUUACCCAAGGACAUCUUUACCGAGGUCGGGACAGUCGUCAUUAUCGUCCAUGUCCUCCUUGCUGCGCCUAUCUUACUGACGUCCUUCGCCUUGGAGCUUGAACGUUUGGCCGAUAUUACCGUAGUCCAUCGUGGCGUGGUCAUGGAGCGUGUCUACCGCACUAUUCUCCGCCUUAUCAUCAUUGGUAUCUGCGGAGGCAUCGCAUGCACUGUUCCCUAUUUCGGCGACUUCCUGUCACUCCUGGGUGCCCUUGGAAACUGCACUCUGGUUUUCGUCCUGCCCAUUUUUUGCUACUUCAAGCUGAUCGGAUGGAAACACUUGAAGUGGUACGAGUUGGUCUGGUGCGCCGCCACCGUCAUCAUUGGUGUCCUUGGUGCGAUCAUCGGGUCCAUUGAUGCUAUCAAAGCGCUCAAGGAUGAUUUCGAAAACGACAAUCCUAGCAAUUAUAGACUCGACCUUUAG